GGGAGGGGGCGGGGCCGCGCGCAUGCGCCCCGGGGGCGGCGGCGGCGGCGGGCCGGGAGCGGGGCCGUGCGGGCGCCAUGUUGUGGUUCGGCGGCUCCAUCCCCGCCGCCAUCGCCGCGGCCAAGCAGCGCGGCGCCGUCUUCGUCGUCGUCGUCUCAGGUGAGGAUGAACAAUCUACCGAGAUGGCUGCGAGGUGGGAAGAUGAGAAGGUGACCGAGGCUGCUUCAGAUGGUUUUGUUGCUAUUAAAAUCGACACCAAAAGUGAAGCAUGCCUGCAGUUUUCUCAAAUUUAUCCUGUAGUGUGUGUUCCAUCCAGUUUUUUUAUAGGAGACAAUGGAAUCCCUCUGGAAGUAAUUGCUGGCAGUGUUUCUGUAGAAGAGCUCGUUACCAGAAUCCAUAAAGUCAAACAGAUGCAUGCAGAAAAAGGGCAACCUCUGGAAAAUCCUGGUCAGUCAUCUGCUCCGUGUCCCUCAUCUCAAUCUGAUGGUGCUCCAGAAAACGUGCAAUCCACAGCAGCAGGGUUCUGUGACUCUGCUGAGUCUGUUACGUCAGAGACAGUAAGGCCUUCUGCUGCUAACGAUGGAGCAAAUUCAGGUCAAGCAAGCCAGGAAGCUGCUCAGUCUUCAGAUGCACAAGCGAGUGGUGCUCAGCCCGCGAAUGACCUUGCACUCAAAGUAGAAAGGAUAACAAAAAAGCUUGAAGAAAGGCGAGAAGAGAAAAGGAAAGAAGAAGAACAGAAAGAAAUUAAGAAAGAAAUCGAACGGAGAAAAACCGGUAAAGAAAUGCUAGAGUACAAAAGACGGCAAGAAGAAGAAUUGACAAAACGGAUGUUAGAGGAAAGGAACAGAGAAAAGGCAGAAGAGAAGGCAGCUAGAGAGCGUAUAAGACAACAGAUUGCAAUGGAUCGUGCUGAGAGAGCGGCUCGCUUUGCAAAAUCCAAGGAAGAAGCAGAAGCUGCAAAAGCUGCAGCUCUUCAGGCUAAACAGGCUGAGCUGGAGGCCAGAAAAGAAGCAUCUCAAAAGGAACGAAGCCUGGUAGCCAGGAUUCAGUUCCGCCUGCCAGAUGGGUCUUCGUUCACUAACCAGUUCCCCUCCGAAGCACGGCUGGAAGAGGCAAGGCAGUUUGCUGCACAGACGGUUGGUAAUGCUUAUGGCAAUUUUUCGCUGGCGACAAUGUUUCCCAGAAGGGAAUUUACCAAAGAAGAUUAUGGAAAGAAAUUACUGGAGCUAGAGCUGGUACCCAGCGCUUCAGUGGUGCUGCUGCCGGCGGGAAGACCGGCUACUUCGGUUGUUCAGGCUUCAGGUGGUGAUCUGUGGAAGUUCUUGGGCACAAUACUUUAUCCCCUCUUAGCAGUCUGGAGAUUUAUUAGCAAUUUCCUGUUUACAAGUCCACCUCCCUCACAGUCUGCUGCGAGAACCGCGCAUCAGCAAGACCAUUCAAAUCCUUCAAAGCCCAGCAACAGUGAGCAAAGCAGGCAAACAGUCAGGAAACGAGUCAUGGAGAAGCGAGGGGAAGACUUCAAAAAAGAAGGCAAAAUCUAUAGACUGAGGACUCAAGAUGACGGAGAAGAUGAAAACAACACUUGGAAUGGAAAUUCUACACAACAAAUGUAGUUUUAAGUAACUGCAGUAACUACUGUCUGGCUUUCUUUUUUUCUCUCCUUAAUUGAUCUAAGUCAACUACAGCUUCUGGACAAGUGGGGCUUAUUUCACACCAAGUGAGUUACUUAAUUCUUAUUCCUGCAGGGGAGGAUGGAAUAAAUUUGCCUAAGUCAGAGAAAUGAAGGGGGUGGCGCUGAGGCUUAGAAGGCAAGUUAAGACUGAAAAUCUACAUCAGCUUUCAUAAUCAAUACCCUACUGCCCUUAGGAAGGCACUUUUUAAUCUUUAAAUAUUCUGCUACAUAAAUUUAAGGGUCAGAUAUAUUAAUAUAAAGGUUGUGAGAGGGGAAUGACUGGUUAAAAUGAGGUUUUCAGAAGCACUAUAAGUAGCAAAUCAGGUAACUAAUUUAUGUUUAACUUUUUUCUUGCUUCUGCAACUGCAAGCAAAACCUUGUAGUUUUUAAUUCCCCAAGCACUCAAUAAAAUAUUUUCCAGAAAA